GUUUUAAUCCUGGGGAUAAAGUCUGGUUAUACAAUCCGCGGAGGACGAAGGGCAAGUCACCAAAGCUCCAGAAGGAUUGGGAAGGUCCAUUCAAUGUGGUCACCAGAAUCAACGACGUGGUGUACCGUAUCCAGCGACAUCCGACAGCGAAGAUGAAAAUUGUAAACAUCGUCCGGCUAGCGCCCUAUCAUGACUCAGGUGGUCCCAUGUUUGAUCGGGACGAUCAAACUUGAGAGGAGAGCAGUAUUAUGAAAAUAUACAAAUCGUGUAGACUCAUAAAAUUAGGAUUUUUAAUCGCAUAUCAAUGGUUAGAAAUGUCUAGUGCAGCGAACGUGACAGUCAACCAAGUUCCGACUCAUCAUGCGCAGUCGCACAAUAAAAGGCCGGUUAUUAUUAUAUAUCCCACAGUAUCUCCAGAGACGGUUGUCAUCCCAAUUGUAUCCUGUAUAUUCGGCUUCCCUCUGCUGGCACUGCUGGUAAUUUGCUGUCUGCGCAGAAGGGCCAAGUUGGCGCGCGAACAAGCGCGCAGAAGAAAUGUGGACUUUGAUCACGGUACUUUCUCUAUUGUCAGAUUCAGCUCUUUACACUAUUUAGGUCGUUCCAAAGCAAUUAGCCUCAGGUCAGAACGAGCGAUGAGUCGAGGAUUCCCGUCAUUAGAGCUGGAUACGGUCAUAGAAGAACGAUCUGAGCCGGAGGUGGAUCAAACCGUUGUAGAGAUGAUGACUCCUGAGGGUGAUAAGAACCCUAUUGAGCAAGAAAGAUAGCAGGAACCUAAGCCUGACGUAUGUUCUGAAAGAUCACCACUGUGGAGUGCAUUAACCCACGCCCAUUCGUUUACUAUAGAAGUGGACGUUAGCUGACAGGCGGACACGGAUCAGUUUCAAGCUGAUCCGGUUAUUCCACAGAUCGUUCCGUUACCGUUUAUUAAAGGACAUUAAAAUAUUAUUCACUUAUGAUUUUUUUAAUUAACAAAUACAUAUAGUUUACAGUAAAUAUCCUUUUUCCACUUUAGUCGAUUACAAUAUAAGGUGAUGGUCCUCCCAAUUCCAAAAUUAAAACGAUCGAUUGUAGACAAAAUAGAUUUGUCAAAAAUUUUAAUCUUUUGCUUAAAUAGAAGAAGAACUUAAGAGUAAAUUAUUUUGAAUUUAUUAGAUUCUGCAUAAGAAUAUAAAAAACGUUGAUUUUGCUUUGACAAAACUUUAGUUGUAAAAUUUAGAAGCCGCCACUUGAGAUACUUUACGUAAAAACGAAAUAACUUUAAUUAAUCAAAUAAAUGAGCUUCGCGGUGUUCACUUUGUAAUUAAAAAAUCUUUUUUCUCGAACGUGUUAAAAUUUAAAAAAAUAUAUCUGUUAAGGAAUAAUUUGAGCAAGGAUAUUUGAGAUAUAAAGGAGUUAAAUAAAUACUCAAAGUCCUUUAUUUCUUCAAUUGUAACCGCUUUGCCAUACUAUCUUAAAAAGUCCGUUCUAAUAUAUUUCCUUAAUUCAUAGCCUAAGCUACCCAAGACUUUUGCCUAGAGAGAAGUUGCCUAUAAGUAGUAAUCAUUGAGGUCAUCUUAGGGCAGUGGCGCAAUUUAAAAAAAAAUGCCUUCCCUAAUUUAAAUUUUAGUGUGUGUGAGCGUUUUUUUAUAUGUAGUUAAAAAUCGGAGAGUGUUAAAUCAAGGGUUGGAAAGAAUUUUUUCUCAAAGUCGAAGAACAAGAUUUAACGCAAACAGUAAAGCAAGCAUCCCUAUACGUUGCUGAUUACUUCUUGGAGAUCUCUUCAAAUUUUUGGAAAAUAUGGAGCUUAAAACACCAAGAAUACGUUUGAUGUCAAAUGAAUAGACGGUAUCUUGAUUAACUAAAAAUGAAUUAAAACUCAAAUAAAUGCUGAAACUGCUGUUCGCCAACCUUCAUAAGUAACACAGGAUAUCUUCGUUGUUCAGGAAAUCGUUGUCGAAAAUUUGUGGUUUCACUUUGUCACAUGCAUCAAUGAUUCAUGUUUGCAGAACUUCCAACGAGUACUGCUUUUUAUGUAUACCGACAAAAAAUC